CGAAGUCACGGCGUUGCAUCUGAUUAAUUUAUAUGUUCUCCAGCCACAAGACUCUGAAGCGGAGGACUCCUGCCAAGGGCAUAGAUCGCCGGGAGUACAUAGGUCACCUAGUCGAUGAGUAUUACACAACGACAAACGUCGAGGCUCAGGAGCAGGUGACUGCGAACUUGGCCAACUUUGCCUAUGAUCCCAUCAACUGGCCACAUCUGUUGGAAACGGACGCUCUGGAUGUCUUCCUGGCAUCGCUGGAAUCCCAAGAUCAGCCUCUAAAACUGCACGGAAUCGCUGCAUUGUGUAACAUUUGCUUUGACAAAACUGCAGUCAAAUUCAUCAGGGAGCAACUAAAGCCCAUCACCGACCUGUUUGUGCGAACAGAUCACCCGGAAAUAGUGUUCCACAGCCUUGCACUGUUCUACCAACUACUGGAAUCCGGUGACGUUGACAGGGAUUUGCUUCUAAGCCCUUCACUGCUGAGAACGGUACAGGAGUGGCGGAUAAAGGCCCACGAUCAGCGCAUCCUGAGCAGCCGACCACCUCAGCAGGUUCAAGUGGUUAAGCGCUUUUCGCAGAGCGAUUUGGAGCAGUUCGCCCGGUUUACUGGCGACCACAACUAUAUCCACGGUCUGGACACACCAGUGGAGAAGCGACGCGUGCACGGAGCCCUUCUCAACGCGGUGGUGGCGGGCAUUAUGGGAACUCAGUUGCCAGGACCUGGCACCGUUGUUCUAGAGCAGAGCUUUAAAUUUCUUAAACCUUGUCGCAUUGAGACGGACACUUUGGUCACUGUGCGUCUACUUCAGGCUCGUAAAAUCUCCACCGUGGAGUACGACAUCCGGCAGAACGACGAGGUGGUCUUCGCCGGCAGUGCCAAGUUACUGACCCGCAGCUAAACAGACUAGAUUUUGUUCAAUAAAAAUGUGUUUUUUAUA